AUGUGUGAUCACCUCUUUACUAGUUUUAUUUUUAUAGCAAUUUUACAGCUCGUACUUCCCGUCAUUGCCUUUCUUAUCUUUCUUGUUUAUGGAAGACUGAAAGAUAAAAUUAAAAUUGAAGCUCAACCAAGUCAGGAAUUCAACAUCAAUCCACCAUUGUGUCAAUAUCAGUCUCAAGAAAUCACGAAGCUUGUAUAUUCCCCAGAAAAUGACUAUUUUAACAUAUUAAUGACAAAUGUUAGUAAAAAUUUCAAUGUGGACUUGAUUGUCUUUGAGGAUGAAGCACAGCUGAAUAAGUGGAUAAGAAAUCAGUCGGAACCGGUUGCUGCUGUUCUAUUUGAAGAGUUCUAUGCAGAACCUCCAAAGCACCUCAAGUAUGCAAUAAUGAUGCCAGAAAACAUAACAGCCUCAACCAGAUGGAACACGGACAAACUAUAUUACACAGGAAUAUCAAAGGAACCGAGAAACAAAAGCUUAUCUUUUAAGGAUUCUUUGUACUAUUCAACAUGUUUCCUAAAACUCCAGAAUGAGAUUGAUCAGGCAUUCAUUAAGACAGUCAAUAAUGGAUCUAAAGUUGAGAAAUUAAAGACAUUGAAGACUUUUCCAUAUCCAGAAGUAGAAGUUGAUGUUUUUAUGAAUGAUACUGCUUAUGGGUUCCUAAUUCUGUUUGUCUUGUCAAUGAUAUUCUCAGCUUAUGUCCUGAUUAAGAACAUAACAAUCGAACGCGAGUCACGUCUAACAGAAUCAAUGAAAAUAAUGGGAUUGUCGAGUGCUUUAUACUGGUCAUCAUGGUUCAUGCGAAGCUUCAUCAUUCUCAUCAUUUCCUUCACAAUUAACCUCAUCUUGACAGUCACAAGCAUCAUUUCGGAUAUUCCAAUGUUUGCCAACAGCAAUCCACUCAUCAUUUGGUUCUUUUUCAUCUCAUACAUCACAUCCAUGAUCACAUUCUGCUUCCUUGUCAGUGUCAUCUUCAAAAAGUCAUCACGUGCUGGAAUUGUUGGCUCAAUUAUCUUCAUUGCUACUGUUCUGCCUUACAUGAUGUAUCAUGAUAGCUUUUAUAGGUUUGGAUAUGGACUGAAAGUGCUGUUCUGCAUGCUGACUAACACAAACAUGGGUCAGGGCAUUAAAAUGAUUCUUAUGACUGAAAUUAAUGACGAUGGAGUUGGAUUUGCGAACCUGUUUAAGAGAUCUGUUGACUUGAAGUUCUCGUUUGGUGAAUUGCUGGUCUGGAUGAAUGUUGGCAGUGCCAUUUUGAUGCUGUUGACCAUUUACAUCGAAAAGGUUUUAUAUGAAGAGCUAGAAAUUACUAAACUUUUAGUCAUGCCAUUUAAACAUUUCUAUAAUAAAGUUGUCAAAAAAACAGCUGAAAGUUCAAAUGCCAACUUGAAGGAAAUCAUUUCAACUAGUCCUAAUGCUGGAGAAACAGAACAAUUUUUUACAAAUACUGAUGAUUCAAUUCAUGAUCAAAUUGAAACAAUAAAACUAAGCAAAAAGAUUAAAAAUAAAUUUGUAGUUCAAAAUCUGUCCCUCAAGCUUAACAAGAACGAAAUCACUGUUUUGAUGGAUAAUAAUGGAGCUGGAAACACUACAGUUAUAUCCAUGCUAACUGGAUUGUGUCAGCCGACAUCAGGCACUGCAGUCAUUAAUGGAUUUGAUAUUAAGACUAAUAUAGAUGAAGUUAGAAGGUCUCUUAGUGUCUGUCCUCAGCAUAACGUUCUAUUUGAGGAACUGACAGUUCAGGAAAAUCUCGAGUUCUUGUGCAAGCUUAAAGGAAUGGUUGACCUUGAGGCUAUCCAAAGUGACAUUAAGAAGUAUGCAAAAUUAUUGGGGAUUUUUGAUGACCUGAACAGUCAAGUUAAAGCACUUAAAGAUGAACAAAAGAGGAAGUUGUCAAUUGCAAUUGCAUUUUGUGGAGAUUCCAAGUUUGUCAUCCUGGAUGAACCUACAUCAGGCAUGGACCAAUCAUCACGUCAACAACUACGAGACUUACUAAAUGCUGAGAAACAAUGCCGAACAAUUCUGAUCACAACAAAUUUUAUGGAUGAAGCUGAUGUUUUUGGUGACCGCAUAGCUGUCAUAUCCGAAGGUCAACUACUUGCUGACGAAUCCAUAAGAAAUUUUAAGAAGAAAUUUGGAAUUGGCUACAAAUUGAUUUGUGUUAAACAAGACGGAUUUGAUGCUCAAGCUGUAUUGGAUGAGAUUAAGAAAGUCGAAGGUUCAAAAGAUAUUGCAGCUUAUGAUGCAGACAUGGCCACAGCAACAGACAAACAAUCUGAAUCAAACACAGAAGCAGUUUUCACAAUAUCAGAGGCAAAUCUGCCAAUUUUUGACAAAAUCUUUGAAUCACUCGAAAACAAAUUAAAAAAAUUUAAGAUUUUAAGCCUUAAAUGCAGCUACACAUCAUUUGAAGAUGUCGUUUUGAGAAUGUCGUUCCUAAAUGUUGAUAAAAGCACCAGCAAGCAUGUUGAUAAUUCAGAACAGCAAACCUUAGUUAAUAUCCAAGAACCUAAAAAAGAUUUUUCGAAAUGCAACAAAAAUUUGGCAAUUCUUCAACAAUUUUACGCGAUGUUCCUGAAGAAGUUUUAUGUCCUCGGACAAUCAUGGACAAUGCUUAUGAAACUCGGAAUUUUUUCAAUCUUUUCCAUAUUACUGAUGCCGAUUUUGUUUUACAUUCAUCUAAAUAUUUCAAAUAACCUCCAAAUUUCAAUUGAUUCAUAUGAAGGAACUGAAAUUUUAGUCGGAAUUGACAAAAACUUAAGCAUUUCUGAUCAUUACCUGAGAUUAUUCAACAACAAACACAAGAUAACAAUAACUUCCCUAGACUUUAUUGAUGAGCCAUUAGAAACGGUCAACUAUGAGAGCCUCAUAGCUGCAACCUUUAAAAAUGACGAGAUCAUUGCCUGGUUCAAUACCCAGCCAUACCACACCAUGCCACUGACUAUCAACACAGUCAAUCGAGCUAUUCUCAAAUCUGUAGCUGGCAGUGACUACGACAUAACAUUGACUAAUCAUCCAUACGAGAAGUCUAACAAUAAAUUGGAUUUUAUUAAGGAUGUGGCAACCUCGAAAGGGAAUUUUGUGCUUAACUUUAUUGUUAUUCUAUUCCUGUUAAUUAUUUGGCCGAUGAUUUAUAUUGGACACUACAUUAAGGAACGAGAAAUAAGAUUUAAGUUCCUUCAAUUCAUCUGCAGCACUAAUCGACUCGUCUUUUGGUUCACAAACUUAAUCUUUGACUACAUUUUAUUCAUUCUCAUCUGUUUGGUGCUGUUUGGAUGCAUUGUGUGCUUAAAUUAUGAUAAGGAACAACAGUUGGAAGAGUUUAAGAUUUUAAUGACUAUUGGAAGUUCUUAUGGAUUCUCAUGGAUAUGCUUCAUCUAUGCUUUUUCUUAUUUAUUCAGUAAACCAUCAUCUGGAGAGACUAUGUUGCUGUUUACGUCGAUUAUUCUGUGCAUCUUAUCAGCAAUUGACUACGCUCUUCAAGCUGGACUUAAAAAUAAAAGUUACAAUUUUCUAGCCUUAAUUUAUCACUGGAUUGGAGUGAUGUUCGCUCCAUUUACUUUGGUUCAGAUGAAUCAGAUCGCGACUUUUAGAUCGAGACCCUUUGACUACACAACACUUGAUGUAUACAUAAGAAUGAAUUUUGUGUCUGGUUGCAUCUUCUUCCUGAUUGUUCUGUCACUUGAUUACAACUUCUUUGAAUAUUUGUAUCCAAAACUCAGAAAACCAAAAAGGCAAAAUUUGUCAAAAACAAUACUGAAAAGUCAAUAUGCAGCCAAUGCUUCUAAUGAAGACACAAAUGAAUCCUCAAUUUACCUUAAAAAUUUACUGAAAGCUUACUUAAAUAUCACAGCCAUCACAUUUGAAUCUAGAUCAUUCAAAAUAAUAACUGGAGAUGAAGCAGUCUUAUCUGGUGAUGUCUGGGUCAGGUAUGAAAAUCAGAAGACAAAGUUUAACAACUUUAUUCCUGAACUGACUGGACGCGAAACUUUGAAGAUCUUUGCACUGAUCCGUGGCAUCAAAAUGGACGAAAUUACAGAAAUGAUCAACCAAAUGGCAAAUGAACUUGCCUUUAAACAGCAUUUGUACAAGCAAGUUAAGGCUUACAGCAUCAAAAAUAAAAGAAAACUGUCGACUGCUUUAGCACUGCUCGGAAAUCCAGAAUUGAUCUUCUUGGAUGAAUGCACAACAGGAGUCGAUCCACAAGCUCGUCGUCAAAUUUGGAAUGCAAUCAAUCGAAUCCGUGACAAUCAUCGACUUUCAUCCUCAAUUGUAAUCACAUCUCAUUCCAUGGACGAAUGUGAAGCUUUGUGUACAAGAAUUGGCAUCAUGGUUGCCGGUCAGUUCCAAUGUCUUGGUCCAGUUGAAGAUUUAAAGAAUAAAUUCUCAAAAGGCUCCAUCUUGACAAUCAAAACUGGAUUUACUGAUGAAAAUAAAGUCAAAAAAUUAAGAAAAAAGAUUGUGCAGCAGUUCCUGGAUGUUGAAUUGAAAGAACAAUAUUUGGACAUCUUUAUUUUCCAUCUGACAAACCUUGAGUUAAGAUAUUCAGAAAUCUUCAAAAUGUUAGCAGAAGUAAAGGAGGAGAUGCAUAUUGAGGACUAUUCAUUGACACAAAUGUCACUUGAGCAAGUGUUCCUGAACAUUUGCAAACAAAAAGUUCAACUACCUCAAGAGAAAGCUACGCAAAUAGCUAAUGAAGAAGCACGUUGGAGAGAACAGGAAAUAGCCGAAAGAAAAGCAAAAGAAGCAGAAAAUCAUAAAAUAAGUGACAAGAUCGAAACCAUAGCAAGCAUAAGAGCUAAUGAAAUAUUAAAAGAUAAAGAAGAGCAACAAAGAAUACAAGAGGAAGAAGUUAAACUAGCAAAAAGGAAAUUAGAAAGACGAGCAAUAGAAGAUGCAGUUAAAAAGGAAAAUGAGAAGGCAAAACAGAACAAACCUAAAUGGUACAAGGUUCUUUUCGGACGUAAUCCCCACAAAAAUAGUAAAUUAGGUGACAAUGCUUUAGGAUUUGAUGUCAUACCAGAGCUGGGUGAAAGUUCAAAAAAAUAUGAAACAAAUAAGGACCAAAACAUCCGACCAAUUGAUAAUAAGAUUAAAACCAAAAAAGAUCAGAGAAAUGAAAUUUAUGAUAAAGCUAGACCGCUUGAUUUGAUCGAUUCUGAUGAUUAG